CGCACUGCGCAGCCGCUCCCGACCCUGAGCCCUGUGGAGGACUCAGGACGAAGGGGCGGGGCCGGGGCGGAGCGAGCGGCACGAUGGCGGAAGUGGAGUUCUCAAAUGCUACCCAUGAAGUCCUCAAUUUCACCCUCCACACCACGCUGUCCGUUACUACUAAACUGGUGGUUCCUACACCUGCCAAACCUAUCCUUCCAGUGCAGACUGGAGUCCAAGCUCAGCAAGAGGAGCAAUCCAGUGGCAUGACUAUAUUCUUUAGUCUCCUUGUAUUAGCCAUCUGCAUCAUAUUGGUGCAUUUACUGAUAAAGUACAGACUACAUUUUUUGCCAGAGAGUGUGGCUGUUGUUUCUUUAGGUAUCCUCAUGGGAGCAUUUAUAAAAAUUAUAGAGUCUCAAAAACUGGCCAACUGGAAGGAGGAAGAAAUGUUUCGUCCAAAUAUGUUUUUUCUUCUCUUGCUUCCACCUAUUAUAUUUGAAUCUGGAUAUUCGUUACACAAGGGUAACUUCUUUCAGAACAUAGGUUCCAUCACUCUGUUUUCUGUGUUUGGCACAGCAAUUUCAGCUUUCAUUGUAGGUGGCGGAAUUUAUUUUCUGGGUCAGGCUGAGGUAAUUUAUAAACUGAACAUGACAGACAGUUUUGCAUUUGGCUCAUUAAUAUCUGCUGUGGACCCAGUGGCUACUAUUGCCAUCUUCAAUGCCCUUAACGUAGAUCCUGUGCUUAACAUGUUGGUUUUUGGAGAAAGUAUUCUGAAUGAUGCAGUCUCUAUUGUCCUGACAAACACAGCAGAAGGUUUGACAAGAGAAAAUAUGUCAGAUGUAAGUGGAUGGCAAACCUUUCUCCAGGCACUGGAUUACUUUCUGAAGAUGUUCUUUGGCUCUGCAGCACUUGGCACUCUUACUGGCCUUAUUUCUUCAUUAGUACUAAAGCACAUUGAUUUAAGGAAAACACCAUCCCUGGAGUUUGGGAUGAUGAUUAUCUUUGCUUAUCUUCCUUAUGGACUUGCAGAAGGCAUCUCACUCUCAGGUAUCAUGGCAAUCCUGUUCUCUGGCAUUGUGAUGUCUCACUACACACACCAUAACCUUUCCCCAGUUACACAGAUCCUGAUGCAACAGACACUGAGAGCCGUUGCUUUCAUGUGUGAAACCUGUGUUUUUGCAUUUCUUGGUCUGUCCAUUUUUAGUUUUCCUCACAAGUUUGAAAUGUCCUUUGUCAUCUGGUGCAUAGUGCUUGUUCUGUUUGGCAGAGCAGUGAAUAUUUUUCCUCUCUCUUACCUGCUCAACUUCUUUCGCGAUCAUAAAAUCACCCCCAAAAUGAUGUUCAUCAUGUGGUUUAGUGGUUUACGUGGGGCAAUUCCAUAUGCCCUGAGCCUCCAUUUGGGCUUGGAGCCAAUAGAAAAGCGGCAGCUCAUUGGGACCACAACUAUCAUUAUUGUGUUGUUCACAAUUUUAUUGUUGGGUGGAGGAACCAUGCCCCUUAUCAGACUGAUUGAUAUUGAGGAUUCUAAAGCGCGAAGAAGGAACAAGAAGGAUAUUAACCUCAGCAAGACUGAAAAGAUGGGUAAUACCAUUGAAUCUGAACAUUUAUCAGAACUCACAGAAGAAGAGUAUGAAGCCCACUACAUAAAGCGCCAGGAUCUCAAAGGCUUUAUGUGGCUUGAUGCCAGGUAUUUGAAUCCAUUCUUCACAAGACGGCUCACACAGGAGGACCUACAUCAUGGACGCAUACAGAUGAAAAGCCUCACCAACAAAUGGUAUGAAGAGGUGCGACAAGGACCCUCAGGGUCUGAAGAUGAUGAACAAGAGCUGCUAUAGCAGCCUAGAGGAGGAGGACUGUAACGGGUUUAUCAUAGAGCACCAAAAACUAGAUUUAAGUAACAAAAGAUUCUGACUGUACAAAAGCCCCGGGUAUUAAGAAUGAAGACUUCCCACUGCAGGUCCCACCAUGUGCUGCUGUACUUAAGUUUCACAGAACCAGAUACACUGUACUUGAUAAGACCAGUCGCUGCAGGACCCCCUUACAAUAACACAAAAGCAGUAUGUGGGCUGAGGAUAGAGCCGUACUUUUAAUUCUGAAUAUCUCAGCACUUGUAAGUUUCACUCAGCCCAUGCAAAACUGCAUUGAAAUAACCUUGAAGAAGAGUGUCUUCCACUCUGAUGUAAGCUGUAAAUUCAUGUUACAGUUCAGGUUCCGUAAUACGGCUCCACAAAACAGAAUGAGUUGCACUUUAUUGUAUACUUUAAUACUCAUUCAUGUCUUGGGGAGUCAUGAUGGUUUAUACUGUGAAUUUUUGCCAAUAAGAAUAAUUGAAUCUUUGUCUGGAACAAAACUGUAAUUUGCAUAUUAUGGAUCCAGAAUGCAUAGUGAGCCCCCAGACAGGAAGCAGAUAUUGUGCAUGGACAUAAAGCACCAGAUCCUUUUAAAUACUCAGUGUGUCUGCCAUUGCUUUUGUUAUUUUAAUGUUGAAAUGACUUAAUCCACGGUACUUGCCACUGUUUAAAGUGUGUUUUAAGGAAAAAACAUAGAACUGGAUUUGAAAUCCAUAGAUUUUUUAUUACUUAUCCCCCCACCACACUCACUCCUGAAACUUAUAAAUGGUUACACUUUUUUAACAAAAAUUAUAAUAAAAAGGGUGCUCCUAGCUGGCACUACAAGUUUUGAAUCUCAGGAAGCAGAUAUUUUUGCUUUGCCUAAAUUCAUGAAAUGUCCCUAACACCCAUUAGGAGUGUAGGGAGGUUUUUAAAUUCUAGAGGCACUAAUAGCAAGCUUUUCCACAUAGGUUUUCAUGGUGCACACUUACUGAGUUUCAGCUAUAGUAAAUACAAAUUUUUUUUGCCUAGUUGGUCAUUUGCACAUGCUUUAAAAAAACAAAACAAAACACUUUACUGAGCAUUUUCAAUCAUGGAUCUGUUGUGUUUUUUUGGACAAAUAAAGGACACUUCAGGAAUGUAUUCCAAAAGCACAACUGCUCAAAAUCGUAAAUAUGGAUUGACUUACUAGUUUUUCGUGUGUGUGUGUGUGUGUGUGUGUGUGUGUGUGUGUUUGGAAGCUAGUCCUGAUGUUUAAGAAAAAAAAAAGCGCAGCAGUUUCUAGCUAAUCUCUCUGGUGAGCAUCUGUACUUUCGAGCCACCGUUAGUGGUUACUGCAUCCCCUAAAUCAAUACAGAUUAAGGUGAAUAGGGAAGUGGAUUAGAGUUUUUUGGUUCCCUUUUCUACAUACCCACUUUGAAACAAGUCUAGUGGCAGCACUUGAUGCUGGCAGCUUUCCAACAGCUGUAAAUUUGACAUGCUAAAGUUAGACAUUGAUAUCUGAUUAAUUUAGCUUUGAAGCAGAGCAUUACUGAAUAUGUGGGCCUCCUCACACUAUGCCCCAUGCAGAAGCAGAACUAUUAGAGAAUGUCUCCCUCAUUCAUGAGAGCACAAUGUGUGAUUUGCGUGAUGCUGCCAUUAAAAGGUUGAUCGUAUAGUCCAGCCCUCCUCACUUUAAUUUCAGACUCGCUUCUGCAUUUUCACUUGAAAACUAAUUAAUCUCACUACGAAAGAACACUUUUUGCAGGGUAACAAAUCAAGUAACCUCUCUGUGCUAAUCAGCCAUGAUAAAUGCACUUUAUUUCUUACCCUUGUACGUGAACAGAAUUUGGCUUCAUGCUUUAUAGAACUUGAAUGUGCUAUGUGAUGUGAGCAUGAAGGGGAAUGAACUCAGAUUGUUUCCAGUGUUGAGUACUGAAGAAUCGCAUCUUGCUUGUUGUUUGGGAGGAGAACAGAUCUGUAACUAAUCAUGGUAACCAGACUGAAGGAAACUUUAACAUUAGAUCUUUCUAACUAGUCCAGAGUUAGGGGUAUAUGCUUGAAAACAUUUUUUUAGGAUGUGAAAACCCUAGCUGCAGUACUAUAAGAGGUGUGCGUGAGAGAGAGUGAGAAAAAUGUAAAUUCCACUUUAUAAUACAGCUAUUUCCUCAGGUGCCCGUCCAGAGUUAAGCGCCCAUUUGUAUGGUUUUUUAUGGGAUGUCACACUUGCUCACAAAGAAUAGUUUAAGCCGUAGGGGCUAGGAACCUUUUGAGGUUGCUGAGUAUAUGAGGAUCUGUUUGCCAGAUUCAUAUGCUCUUGGCUUACAGGAGAAUGGUAGAAAUUGUGUUUUAAAAUAAAAAAAAGACUGGUGAGACCCAGCUUUCCCCGUUCAAACAAUGGGUUGAGUGUUAGGCAGCUGUUCCUGUUGUUUUGGUGCACUAUGGUAACUAAAUAAUUGAGGUUAAUUGUCAGUUCUUGGAGAUAUUUUUGUAUCAUUGAAAUGUCAGUGAUUUCAGCUUUCUGGUAACAAAUAGCAGCUGUUGUCCUGAUUUACCUAUUCCUAAGAAUUGUUUCGUGUAGAACACAAUGGUACCAAUUCUUGGCUAUGGCUGUGUAGUGCACCGUGCACCUCCAGAUGGAGCAGGAGAGCUGCAAAGGUAGUUUUAAGUCACUCUGUGCUCCCUUUGUGCCAGACAUAACUUAGAGCACCCGGAAGGCAGCUUUAAGAUACGCUGGCUGCCAAGAGCCCCAAGGGACUGCCAAGGUGCAGGGAAGUCUUGGCCAUACCUCUUGUUCUGUAGACAUUCCACAGGUUAGCUAUGGAGAGAAGGGGUGGCACAUGAGGUGCUGUGUUGCCUCUUGCACCACUGGAGAGUCCCCUGAUUGCCCUAUGGCUCUUAGGUUGGGUUUAGAGCCACUUUUGUAAUGAUGCUGCAACAUAAAACAGCCAAAGAUCAGAGCCACUGUUCUCAGUUAGCUAGUUACUUCACUGAAAGAUGAGGCAAUCUAUCAAAUGAAUGAAAUUCUAUGCCAAGGUAUCAGUCUUCUGCGGAAGUUAGAUUUCAUCAUGAUAAAUUGGUCAUUUCCUGCCCUCUGCUGGUAAUUUUUGAAAAUACAGUUAAAUCUAAGUGAGGAAACAUUUGCUGCAAAUAAUUUAAGACACAUUAAAUGGAUGCAAUGAAGUGAUAGUUUCUAAAUUAACGAAAGCACCUGAAACUCCUAAUUUCAAGGCAUAUUUACUUUAUUUAAAUGUAAAAAGCAUCUGUGCAAAAGCUUUAACAAAGAGAUCCUAUUUAAUGGAUCUAUCAAAGACUUACAUAUGAGAGGAAAGGAUGGGUUUGUGGUUAAGGCAAAUCACUGGGGAGUCAGGACUCCUGGGUUCUAGUCUAGCUUUGCUGCAGAAUCACUGUGUAACUCUCAGGCAAGCCAGUUAGCCUUUGUGUGCCUCAGUUUCAUUAGCUUAUUCUGUUUUUACUUAAUUUGUGCCUUUAGGAUUGUAAUAGUUUCUGAGACCUGUUUGUGAGCCAUGACCUACCACUGCCCAGCUCUUUGUACAUUUGCAGGACUAUGGAACUGAGGUGCCACUUCAGGUAAUAUUUGAGAGCUUCAGAGACACUGAGGCAGGCUUUGUGUGAACCAUUCUGAACAUCACAUUUUAGUCUUGCUACUUGCAGCAACUGAGUUUUUCCCUGAAUACAAGACAAGGCAGGGAAGAACCAUUCAGUUCUGACACUUUAUGGUGAUGACUGAUUUGUAGGUUCAUUUAUAAAUGUGUUGGCUUUUCUGUGGCAUUGAUCACUCUACUGUGGGCAGCUCAAACAAGAAUGGAUUUAACUUUACAACACUUGUGUGAGGAAGGCCUAUAUUAUUACUCCCUUUUCACGGAGUUGAACUGAAUUAUAGAGCAAUCAGUGGCUUGCACAGGGUGCCACGCAGUGGCUGUGGCAGAGUAGUGAAUUGAAUCCAAUUCCCAGUCUGAUACCACAACUGCAACCCCAUCCUUCGGCUGGAAUCUCAACUUUGAGUAGCUUUCAUUUGAAAAGGGAGCAGAAAUCAUGUUUAAAUGGAGACUGUCAAGGUACAAUGAUUAAGAGAACGUCCUCUCACCUUUUGAGAGCACUAUUAAGAUCUGCCUCAAAUCCAGUGUUUGCUCGCUUUCUCCAAGCAUCCACGUGUGAGUUUGUCCAGUCAGUUCUUGUGCCACUUGCUGACUUUACUCCUGACUGCUUCUAGUGCUCAAUCCAAUUUAGUCUGAGUCCUCCUAUCACAAUAGGUCUUGGAAUAAUGUCAGUGUUAUAAACGUGUUUGCUAAAAGGGUGGUACAUGAGGGCAGGUGUCUGAACGUAGGGAGUAUCAUUCUUGCCAAGUUGACACAAGCAGGCUGACAAUUCUCAGCUAACAGCUCUUCUUUACAAUUGGGCGUGUCUCUCUGAACAGCCUGUUUCGUGGCCCAUAGAUAAAGGAUUCUGUAGCACCAGCAGAAGAGUUUGAGCCAAAAGCUAGGAUUUGCUUCUCCUCCAUGUACCUCCAGAAAUUUUUUUCUAGCAACAUGAAGACAUUGAGACUGCCACUGCUGUAAAAAGCCCCCUCUUCACCAUACCAAAGACACAAAAACAUACAGCUUUUACGAAAAAUCCUAAACUGUUGACAGUGAUAUCCCCUGUCCAGCCCCUUGCAAAAUCCCAUGUCAACCUAUGGCCAGAUUUUCCUGUCAGUUACAGUGGCAUAACUCCAUUGAAUGUGAUCACUAUAGAAAGCAGAUUCCAGAGCAAAACAGCUGUCCACUAACAGCACCCUGCCACCAGGCGCUAGACAUUCUGAUCCAGGCAGCAUUAGCAAGAGACCAGCAGAAAGUAUCAACUUUUAUAAUCUCUCCCAGCAGUUCUACAGCUCUUGUCAUCAUAGUAGGUCAUUGUCGGGCUGGGAAGAUCAAUAGCAACAUCUUGAAUUAUAGUUGGAAGGGACUAGGUGGCUGUGCAGUAUUGGGAAAUAUCAGUGCAAAAGCCUGUAAAAUAAUAUAAAAUUUCUGGGUAGAUUUGGUGUCUCCAUUACCUUGGAGAUGAAGGGAUUGUCAGAGUUCCAACUCGAAUGAACAACAAUUUACUUU